CGUAUGCAGCCGCAGCCGAAGCGGUAGAAGAGGUGGAGGCCCAGGAGGUGGAGGUUCAGGUCGACGAGGUGAAGAUGGAGGCCGAGGACCACCUAGCCAGGGAAUACGUCCAGGAAUUCGUCCUAGACCAUCUCGAUCCCGCCGACGUCAAGAGAGAGGUGCGCCUGGGUUCUCCGACGGUGAUGGUGGGCAGCGGAGUGGUGCAACUGCAGAGCCAGAUGCAGGUCCAAAGUUUGGCGCUGGCGCCAUUGACGCCUCCAGCCCACGAAUUGGAGCAGCCGCACCCCCUUUACGGGCAGCCGCAUAUUCAGGUGCAACACGGGGUGCUGGUGAAGGCUCCCCCAGGUGCAGCGGCGCACCUGACCACCCUUUCGCACCCUGGAACGCCGCCGGACACGCCGCCGAUCUCGGCCUCGCCGCCACCCCUGCAGAUGCACUGCAGCGAGCGGAACCCUAGGGAGCGAAACGGCCUCCUGGUGCACCUGCAGCAGGCGGUCCCUAUCCAGGACGACAUGCAGGUUGGAUCCGGAGGCAUGGGGUGGCUCACUCAGAGCUUAAGGCAGGAACCUCUUGACCUACGACCCCAUGGGCCCCAGGAUCAGACCCCGGAGCCCCAUCCUGAGCCAUGGCCCUCCACGCCCUCGCAUCACCACUUCCAGGAGCAACGCCAGGGCCCACCUAGACACUCCAGGCAUCCUGGAGGCUACAUAACAGUGUCUGGGCACAUCGAGUACUAUGGCGGGAGUGCACCUGCAGGGGCAGGGAUGCUUCCUUCGGGUGGAGGCGGGAUGCAGGGCAUGGACGAAGGUAUGCAAAUGAUGCAGCCAGGGCGGCCGAUGAGCGUCUGCUCGGUGGGGUCGAGAGGUGGCACCCUGAGUCCUGCACACCGAUCGGGAAGUGGGAUCUACUCCAGCUGCAACGGCAACAACAUCCAGGAGGAGCUGAUGAACGACGAGCUGCUCAUGUCCCUUUCCGUCCGGGAACUGAACAAGCGACUCCACGGAUGCCCGAGGGAGGAGGUGAUGCGGCUCAAGCAGAAGAGGAGGACCCUGAAGAACCGGGGCUACGCGCAGAACUGCCGCAGCAAACGGCUACAGCAGCGCCAGGACUUGGAGACGACCAACCGGAACCUCCAGAACGAGCUGCAGCGAGUUAAGAGCGAGCUGCAGCGGUGCAAGAUCGAGCUGACGCAGUUGCAACAGGAGAGGGACCUCUACACCCAGCGGCACGAGAUCCUCAGGGUAAGGCAGAGCCACCACCACAACCACAACCACGGCCACCAUCAGCAGGGGCCUCCUCCACUGCAGUCGCUCACUGCACCGGCUGCUCAGCAGCAGCAGCAACAGCCCCCACAUCCGCAGCAUCCACAGCACGAACCUGCACCCGCGAGUCCUGAGGUCUACCUGUGACAUCGACAGCGCCGAGGAGGCGCUUGCUGGCCCUGAAAGGAUGGACUCAAGAGUUGCAAUUGCCAAAGACCAGCAGGUGGAUAUCCUGCAGGUUCGCCAGGAGGACGGAAUUGGGCGGUCAGGGUGGAGGCUGGACUCGUCGAGAUUAGGGCGUCCUGGAAUCGGGGUCCUGCGAGGGUGCUGAAUCGCCUGGAGUCCGUUUUCGGUCUGGGUCUUGGGGUCUCAGGGUCGUGAGGCGGAUGGGGAUUUCGUUGUGGAUGCUGUUAUCGGGGUGUCUGAUGGCCGGGAGAGGGGGUGCAACCUUCGGGUAGCUGCAACCAGGAUGUCGGAUGAGCGGCACCGCGGUGUCUUCGUACAGGGUGUAGGAUGUCUGCAGCAAGGAUGUUGGGCGGACCAUGGCCACGUUGACGGAUCAGUGCACUCUCUGCAAUAAGGAUGUCGGUUGAGCGGCAAUCGGAAUGUCUUCGGCCAGGAUAUCCCACCAACCAGGAUGUCGGAUGACCGGCAACCGGGGUGUCUUCGGCCAGGAUGUGAAAUAACCGGGAAGCGGGAUGUCUGCAACGAGGAUGUUGUAUAGCCGAUGUUCGCUGGAAUCGACAUGUCGGAAGAACAGUCGGAAUGUCUGCAGCCAGGAUAUCUGAUGGACGGACACCAGGAUGUCUGAUACACCGCGGUGUCGAUCAGGCCAGCAAAGAAAAUGUGCUCUCGAGAUCAGUAGUGAAAUCUGCUGACAGUGCAGAUGCGAAUUCGGGAGACGUCUGAAAGAACGAGUCUAGGGUCCUCUGGGGAUCUUGUGAGACGCAACCAGAAUUCUAGUCAGAAUCACUGGGACUUUAGCAAUAAUCGGCGCAUUAAUAUGAAAUCCCGCAAUAAUCGGCGCGGAAAUAUGAAAUCCCGCGAUAAUCAGCGCGUAAAUAUGAAAUCCCGCGAUAAUCUCACCCGAGGACCGGUCAGUGAAAUUCGACAAGUAUUUUUUAACGAGAUAAGGGUAUACGACACAAUUGUUUAUCGGGUAUUUUUACAGCUAGGGCCUUGAUUCUUUUUUAUUUGUCAGGGCCACCUCGAAAAAAUGGAAACGACAAGCGCUACGGAACUCGAAAUCCCGUCGUUUCGAUAACGCCUGAUUUGGGGGAAUUUUAAUAAUCGAUUGUAAAACGACACACAAGUAAGGGUAAAUUAAUCCGGAAUUCUUCGACCCAUUUGAACGCGAUUUUAAUUUCCUUUGUUUCUAUGCAUUGUAUCGACCUCUUCCGAUCUUUGGUAUUUUGAUCCUCUUGGUUUUGAUAUCGACGUCGCAGAAACUCGGGGAAUUUUAAUUCUCGAGAAAAUAUCCGAAAGAUCAGAUCUCAUCGGAACGACGGAUACGGAUUUGAAUUUCCCGCGCUCGUCCGGCUACCUUUCCUUCCAUUCCCGCCUCUUAUUUCGAAAAGACGUAUUUAAGGGCGUUUCGCUAAAGGACGAAGGAAAACGAUAAAAGGGAGGAAGAAAUAAUAAAUAAACAGAUGAAACUUUCGAAGGGAACUAAGGUAUCACUAGGUUUAAUCGUAGGCGUGUCUGUAGCGACGUAAUCGAUAACAACGAUUACGGGAAAAGCGAUUCCCGUCGUCGGGUCGGAGCAUUGUCAUAGCGCAAAAAGAGAAGGAGAGAAUUUUACGAAGAAAGGAAAAAAAAAAGAGAGAAAAAAAAAUGGGCCAUCGGGCAGGAGGCUAAUUUUCCCUAACUUUUCCUCAUUUUCCCCGACCUACACUUUUUUAUAAACAAUUUCAACUCUCACUUUUUCCUUAAACGAUGAAAUCCAUUACUCUUAUUUCAGAAUUUUCUUUACGACUUUUCAAUUCCUUAUUCUAUAUCGUUCCAAGAGGCACAAAAAUGUUCACGGUAAUUGUUGUCACGUCGGCGAACAAUUAAGGCGGGAUCGCAUCGGGCCAGAGUUAUUUUUUUUUUUUAAUUUUAUUAUUUGACAUGCCUAGCUGGCGUUACAUUUUCCCGGCUAGGUACUUUUAAGUGACGUGUACCUUAUUGUCAUUGUAAUUAAUAUUAAUAAUAAUAUUAUUAUUAUUAUUAUCAUCAUUAUUAUCGUUUAGUCGCGUUCCUGUGGACGGAUCAGAGAUCUUCAUAGACUCUUCUUGGCAUCUCUUUUCCAUCCACAAUGCACACGACGUGGAAAGAUCUUUUAAUUCACGUUACGUCGUUUUAUCUGUAAAUAAAGAU